CAUCAACACUAACACCCUCCAUGGAGCCGCCCGCAAAGCGUGCGCGCACCGCCGCCGAUGGACCUGGUGGACCCGGUGGACCCGAUGGACCCGAUGGACCCGAUGAACCCAAUGUCGACCCUGUGCUGCUCCAACAACAGAGCCGCGCCCUCCUGAAAAGUAGAUUCGAAUCCAUCUUCGCCCAGUUUGAGAACAUGCCGGCUGAGGAGCAGGAUGAAAUCGAUCUGAACGACAAGUACAGGAUCGUCGUUGACAGGGGCCAUGUCAAGAGCAUGCAGGAUCUGGGCCGGACGGGCGCAAUGGGCCAAAUCGCACUGGACUUGCUGUCGGACAACGAAGGCGAAGACGAUGUGGAUGAGCUUGCACCGUCACCCCCGCUGGCCCCGAGCCCCAAGCCCCGAAGGCAGCAAGAUCCAGAAGCAGACAGAGGCGUAGAAGCAGAAGGCAAAGAAGAGCAGCCCAAACUCACGAAACCCGUGGAGCCCGCCAACUUGAUCAUGCAGCUCACCCAGCUCACCAGCCUCCCGCAGACACCAGCUGCACCUCAGCACCAGAGCGCCUUCAUUUCGCAGCUCUCUAUCGCCAUAUCGCAGGCUGUCACAAGCACGCUCUCAAACUAUCUCGGAACCGCCGUCACCAAUCCCUCGGCCAGUGACGUCGGCCUCAAGCGUCCAACAGACCCCGCAUGGUACUAUCCUCCCUUGCCGGAGCCGACCAGGACGCCUCGACCCACGCUUGCUCCUUCUACUCCUCCCAUACUUGCUCCUUCUGCUCCAACCAUACUUGCUCCUUCUACCUUAGCCGUACUUGCUCCUUCUACGUCAGCCAUACUUGCUCCUUCUACGUCACCCAUACUUGCUCCUUCUACCCCAGCCAUACUCGCUCCUUCUACAUCAGCCAUACUUGCCCCUUCUCCUCCUGCCAUACUUGCUCCUUCUGUUCCAGUCACACUUGCCCCUGACUCUUCGGCUUCAUCUGCGCCCGCUACUGCGCAGACCAAACGCAGGUGGUCCUCGCCCCGCUACGACCAACCUUUUCAAUUCAAACGCAAGAGGCAAAGAGGGAACGUAGUUAGAGCACCCGCGGAGAAUGCUACCACCAAGCUAGCAAAGGCACCAGUCUCUCUAGAUAGGGACACCGAUAGCAAUAUUUCGAAAAUUAGAAGCUAUCUCGAGGAAACUCGGAAGUAUCGAACAAUUUCGAGGUUGCGCAAGUAUAAUUUCAGCAUUGAAGAUGAACUAUUCAUCAUCGAACAGAAGGAGAUAUACAACACCUCGUGGAGAGACAUUAAAGAGAGCCGGGGUGCUUGGAAAGAUUGGCCAGAUUUUGUGCUCUCUCAAUAUUACAAAGAUCACCUUCGAGACAGAGAUGAGGAUGUUGAUGAAGACUGUGCCCUGCAGGGUGUGGGGGAAGCCGCGCAAGAUCAGGCCGAAGUCAUGGAAGCAUCGGUCCCCGCUGUCGAAACUCCCGUUCUAUCUAGCAAGUCCUCACAGCCGAAACGGCUGAACGCCGCGAAGCCGGUCAGCCAAGACCACCAUAGCUAUCCAUCCCACCAGAGGCAGCUGCUUACCCCAAGUACCUUUGGUUCUGUCAACAGCACAGACUCUCCAGAGGCCAUCCAUUAUAACAGAUCCAGACUUGAUGGCUCCAAUGACACAGACCUUCUAGAUACCACAGACGAUUACACGGGCAUAUCGUUGGCGGGACUCGACGGGCUAAAGGAGCAGGUUACUGAAGAGGCUCGCGGCGCGGUGACAUCAAGCAUCGCACCAGAAGACAUCAUUCCGUCCAUUGAGACAAGAAUCCCUAUUCCCGAGGAUCGUCUUCCCAACCCCCAGCCUCGAACUCCUCUUGCUCACACUCCCACAAAUAGAAAGUCAAAGCCUGCCUCUGGACCCCUCUCAUCAGCCAAGCGGCGAAAUCCCCACCCCACCAACUUCAAAGUUGACUCUGACUCUGACUCUGGCUCUGACUCUGAUGAUCUCGAUCUCGUCCCCACUGGCGAGGAAGACUUGACAAAACCUUUCAUCUGCAACACUUGCGGAAAACGAUAUAAACGCCAGGGUAAUCUCAGUAAACACAUAAAGCACUCACCGAAUGGCCACGUCAAAUCUGGAGCAAGUCUGCCAACCGCCAACCUCGACAACUUCGACGACCAAACCACGUCCCCCAUACCUAAGAUCAAACAAGAGCCUUCAACACCAGGUCCUUCCCUCCUCCUUCUCCUCAGCACGCCGAGGUCUGCACCGCAACCCAACACACUCCUCCCUUCUGCCGUGAGAUCAAUCCCCAAGUUAAGCAAGAAAAAAAUCCAGACAGAAGUUAAGGCAGCCUGGGCGAAGCGCGCAAAGAGAUAUGGUACUCCUGCGUUGAAGGAGCAUCAGAGUAUGCUUGAGUUGUCAUCGAGGAGGGAUGAAAGUGAUGAUGAGUUGGCAUGAGAGAGCCCCGUUGCUGCCUGUCUGCUAUUAUUUUCAUUAGGCGCUGAUGUUGUUUUUACAAUGUGGAGAGGAUCCACAGGGGAUAUUUGCAGGUUGGAAAAGUGUGUUUAUGAAUUGCGUGAAUAUGUUCCCUAUAUCAACGACAUGAUGUUUUUGGAAACACCCCGGUGGCAAACCGCCUACAUUAUUCCUUUAACUCUAAUCUCCUAGCACAUACGACCAUAGGAUCAAGAGUCCGACCCGAUCCCGUCCGAUCUCGGAUAGUCAAUCUUGAUACCGGCGGAUUAGUACUCAGGUGGGUGACCACUGGGGAAUACCUGCUGUUGUAUGUUUUUAUGCAUUUUUUGGACGGGGCGCGGCUAGGCUCCACGUUUUUUUGGAAAAUUGAGCCUGAGCUUUUUCGCG